AGUCCCCAGCCUCAAACGUGCUGGAUAACUUGUCUUUAGGUCACACGCACAGGCUGUGACCUCGGGUGGGGAAUGUGGGGCGGCCUAUAGACGAGGGGCUGGGUCUCAAACACCCCCAACGCCCUAAUGGAACCAGCCCGCACAAGCCCUGCACAUAUUUAGUGCUAGCGCCCGUUCUUUGAAUUUCGGGGUUGGAGUUUCGGGAGCCGCGCGCGGUGGACAGGCGUGUGAGUGUUCCCUCUUCGGGGCCUAGGAGCUUCCUAUUUCCCUUGGGAAGGCAAGGGCUCGCGCGCCUCCCCUCCCCUCUAGGUCUGUUGCCUCAGUUUCUCCGCUGAGCCUGAGAACGUCAGCGGGGGCUCAGCGCCUCACGUGGCUUCCUUCCCUUUUCUGGAAGCUGUAAAGACGCCCCCACGGCCAAGGCCGAAAGGAGAAGCGAGACCGCCGGGGAGGGGACUCGCAUCGGUGGGGGAAUGCGGAUCCCCGGACGUGACGACGCAGCGCGUCCUCACCCCCAGGGUUCGCUAGCUUCUGGGCCGCUUCUUGGAAAAUCUGGGCCAGCUGGCUGGGGACAUGCUCCAUGAGGGAAGGACACCCUUGAUGGAGGGCACCCCGGGAGUAUUCCCGGGAUCCCAUCCUAGCGAGGGAUCUAUCACUCGGUUCAAGACUCCCACAGGCGCUGAGGAGUGACACUGGAUUUCGAACCCCUUGCAGCUGGAAGCCUCAGUUUAACACUCUCUGGAACAGAAACAGUAACAAUCCCUACUGUCCAAGGGACUGCAAAGCGCUCCGCGCAGUGUAAACACAGAAUUAAGGUUAACGGGACCGUGGAUGGGACCCCUAGGACCGGGAGCAGCCUCCGAGUCGCUGCAGCCACUGUGGCCCUAUUGCUCCAAUUCGGAAAUUCCGGUGCUCCAGUGGCCAGCAAGCGAGUACAGCCCUGCUCGGGCCCCGCAUCGCGUCAAUCCGGAAAUGCCUGAGCCCUCGUUUCUGAGGGGAAGGCGUGAGAUUUCCCGGAAGGCAGCACCGCCCCUCGACCCCCCGGUGGCCGGUCGCUAUAAAAGGACCUUUGCGCUGCUAGUGCCCAGUCAGUUCUCCGAACCUUCACCCCUUCACGUCUCCGCCUCCGCUCUGCCUGGGUCGCGAUGGCUUCGAGCGCCGCCCGACUCCCGCUGCCCGCCCUCUUCGCCCUGCUCGGGGCUCUGCUCCCAGGGACUGGAGGUGCCCAAACAUCAGUAGACCCCCCAGAAGACAUCAUACCUAGAGGAGGCUCCAUGCAGGUGACCUGCAGAGCCUCCUGUGACGGAAAUGCUGUCUUGGGUCUGGAGACUCCGUUGACUAAGAAGGAAGUGGCUAAUGGGAUCAACUGGAAGACCUAUGAACUUAGUGACAUACAAGAAGACAGCACUCCACUAUGCUUCUCAAACUGCAACGGUAUCCAGUCGACAGCUUCAGUGACCCUCAUUGUGUACUCGUUACCAAAGCGUGUGGAGCUGGCACCCCUGCCCCCCUGGCAGCCCGUAGGUGAAGACCUCACCCUGCGCUGCGAGGUGGAAGGAGGGGCGCCCCGGACCAACCUCUCUGUGUUGCUGCUCCGCGGGGAGGAAGAGCUGAGUCGGCAGCUAGCAGAGGGGGAAACCGCUGAGUUCACGUUGCUGGCCAGCAGAGGCGACCACGGCGCCAACUUCUCUUGCCGCACGGAACUGGACCUUCGGCCCAAAAACCGGGGACUGUUCCAGAACAGUUCAGUCCCCAGGCAGCUCCGAACCUUCGUCCUGCCAAAGACCCACCCACACCUUGUGAGCCCCCGGAUCAUGGAAGUGGGUACACAGCAGCACGUGAACUGCACCCUGGAUGGGCUGUUCCCUGCUUCAGAGGCCCAAGUCCACCUGGUGCUAGAGGACCAUAGGCUGGAAACCACAGUUGAGUACAACAAGGACUCUCUCUUGGCUACGGCUUACAUCAAAGCGAACACAGAGGAAGAGGGCACCCAGCAGCUGACGUGUACAGUGACUCUGGGAAACCAGAGCCAGUGGACAUUGGAGAAUGUGACCAUCUACAGCUUCCCUGCUCCCAUCCUGACCCUGAGCCCGCCUAAUGUCUCCGAGGGGACUGUGGUGAGUGUGGAGUGCAAGGCCUGUGCUGGAGCUGUGGUGACGCUGCAAGGGGCCCCAGCUGGGCCUCCAGGCCCAAGUGCCCAAUUUCUGCUGAACGCCACUUCCAACGACGACGGGCGCAUCUUCUUGUGCUCUGCUGCCCUGGAGGUGGCUGGGACGGUGCUGCGCAAGAACACGACCCAGGAGCUCCGUGUUUUGUACAACUCGAAUCAAGUGGUCACCAUCAUUCUGGUGGCAGCUGCUGUCACUUUGAUCUCCGUGUGCACAGCCGCUUACCUUUAUAACCGCCAGCGGAAGAUCCGGGAAUACAAGUUACAGAAGGCCCGGGAGGCAAAUGCCAUGAAGCUGAACACGCCACCCUGAAGCUGUCGUAGGACAGGGCCUCCACCAGUGGCAGCAGUGCCACAUUGAACAGAGGCGGACAUAUGCUAUUCAGCUGUACCUGCCUUCCGAGAAUGCCAGAGGACAGGAUACAGGCCUCGGUUAGGAUACACACAGCAUUUGGGGUUGUGGCAUCUGCGCACUGAGGACUCCCAGGCAUCCCACCUGACCUGUAGCCACAGGACUGAGCCACGACUGGGGGGCAAGACUCAGGACAUGACUGUGAGAGAUAUCAAAGGCUGACCUGGUCAGAAGGGGAGUGAUGGAGACCCAUACCUCCAACAUGGAGACAUCCAUUUGGGAAACAUUGAAAAACACCCCC